CCCCUGUUGAGCCCUGCCCCCCAGAGAGCGAGACCCCCCCAUCCCUGGGACCACAUCUAGGGGAGGGAGACCCCCCGGUUGAGCCCCGCACCCCCAGGGGAGGGAGACCCCGGGACGCCUGCCUGCACCCUAGGGAGAGGCGGCCCCCCUCGGCCCCCCCGGGCCGGCAUGCCUCGGCUGGAGGAGGUGGCCAACGUGGCGCUGCGGGUGCCCAGCGUCGUCCUGCUGGACCUGCUCUACCGCUGGGACGUCCAGGCCUUUGCCGAGCUGCUCCGGCCCCAGCAGGAGGAGGCCCCCUGGCGCCGCCGCGCCCUCUGGCACGCCUACUACCUGGGCCAUAUGCUGUGUGUCGGGGUGCUGCUGCUCCCAGUCAGAUCCCUGGUGAAACUUUACCUCUAUGGCCUGACACUGCUGCUGCUGUUCGUGGGGCACCAGACGGCCAGGGACUACAUGCGCCAUGAGAUGGAGUAUGAGUUCCAGGGGGCUGUGUACCAGGACCCUGUGGUGCUCAGCCGCUUCCUGACCGCCCUGACAGGCCAGAUCUUUGUGAGCACACUCUGUGCCCUCCUCAUGAAGACCAAGCAGGUGUGGCUGUUCUGUGCCCCACUGCUCCCGCUGCUGGCCCGGCUCUGUGGCCUCCCCCUCCAGGCGCUUCCUGUGGUCAACGCCUUUGCCACCUCCGUCACUGUGGUGGAGGUGCUGUACGUGGCCGCCUCCCACCUGCUGGCUCCCUUCCAUCUGGCUGCUGCGGUGUGCAGGGAGAUGGCUCAGGGACUGGAGAUGUACAGGCUGGUGGCGCUGGCCAUGUCCCUCUGGAGCCAGCUGGCCAUCCCGGUGCUCUUCCUUGUCUUCUGGCUGGUGCUCUUCACCCUCCAGAUCUACUCUUUCCUGGCCUCUUCCAACAGCCUCCUCGCCCAGCAGGGGCUGCUCUUCAUCUUCCUCAGCAGCGUGGCCGAGUGCUGCGGCACGCCCUACUCCCUCCUCGGCCUGACCUUCACUGUCUCCUACCUCGCCCUGGCCGUGCUCAACCUUUGCAAGUUCUAUCUGCUGGGCUACGACGCCUUCCAGAAUGGCAACGUCAUGCACAGAGGUGUGACGGAGGGCGUGACGCUGCUGCUGCUGGCUCUCCAGACGGGGCUGCUGGACCUGCAGAUCCUGCAGAGAACCUUCCUCCUCAGCAUCAUCCUCUUCAUCGUGGUGACGUCGACCCUGCAGUCCAUGAUCGAGAUAGCCAACCCCAUCGUGCUGGCGCUGGGGGCUUCGCAGAACAGGAGCCCUUGGAAGCACUUCCGCAGCCUCAGCUUGUGCCUCUUCCUGCUGGUUUUCCCCUGCUUCAUGGCGUACAAGAUCGCUCGCUUCUUCCACAUGGACUUCUGGCUGCUGAUCCUGGUCUCCAGCUGCAUGCUCACCUCCCUGCAGGUGAUGGGCACCCUCUUCGUCUACGCGCUCUUCAUGAUUGAGCUGUUCCAGGAUGCGCCCCUGGAGAAGACGGACGAGAUCAUCUACUACGUCAAUGCGGUGAGCCGGGUGCUGGAGUUCCUGGUGGCCGUCUGCGUGGUGGCCUAUGGCACCUGGGAGUCCAUCUUUGGCGAGUGGAGCUGGAUGGGCGCCUCUGUCAUCAUCAUCCACUCCUACUUCAACGUGUGGCUGCGGGCCCAGUCAGGCUGGAAGAGCUUCCUGCUCCGCAGGGAGGCCGCCAAGAAGAUCAACUCGCUGCCCAGGGCCACCAGGGGACAGCUGCGGGACCACAACGACGUGUGUGCCAUCUGCUUCCAGGAGAUGAACAUGGCCGUGAUCACCGACUGCGGCCACUUCUUCCACACGGGCUGCCUCCGCAAGUGGCUGUACGUGCAGGACACCUGCCCCAUGUGCCACCAGCCAGUGAAGCCCUCGGCCACCAAGGGACCGCAGCCAGCCGGGGGAGAGCGGGCGGAGCCAGAGCCCAUCCCAGAGGAGGGGGCGCCUGAGAAUGCAGAUGCCGGGGCUGCGGGAAUGGCAAGGACCCCAGACCCCAGCAGGACCGCUGAGGGCGGGGACUCCAGCUGGCAGGAGCAGGAGAACCCAGCACUGGCAGAGCCCAGCAGGGCCGGACUGCUCCCAGAAGCUGUGCCCCAUGGGGAGGGCGAGCCCAUGGACCCUGCUCAGAGCAGGACUCCCCAGCCAGUGUCUCGAGGGGGCUGCACUCCACAGCCGCGUGCCAAUCCGGGGCGCACGGCCCUGCUGGGAACCCCGCCCCCUCCGGAGUGGGGGCGGAGACCGGGGAGGGGGGCAGGAGCAGGGACCAGCACGGGCUUCGACGGCCGCCACUGCCUCUCUUAG